UGCCUGCCUGUCCGGAUAGCUUGGACCGGGCUGUCCUGCUGAGAGACAUUUCACAGCUAGAAGCACUGCUGUGCUUCGGGCGGACAAACCGUUUCCAGGUCUGUUAAAGUCCUAUUUUAUUGCCUUUAAUUUGGCUAUUCAAGCGGUUAAACUUCAGCAGUUUUUUUUUUGGCGUCGUUUCUCCUUGAAGAGGUUUUUUUUGUUAUCUUGUUCGUUUGUCUAACCAAGAUGGACACGGCUUGUCUGCCGGUCGGACCGUAAAUAAAGACUUAUUUCACUAAAUGUAAACUUUUCUGAUUUAAACAGCUGUAGCCGAGCUGGGCCGUUCCCAUCCCAGAGGUCCUAUAAUGAACAUUUUCCCACUGGAGUUUCGGUAAACUUUACAUUUUUUCACCCCACUUGCUUUCCCGCACCAUGUCGGGAGUGGUCCGCACCCUGAGCCGCUGCCUGCUCCCGGCGGAGGCCACCCGGGAGCCGGGAGGCAGCAAGCAGGGCAGGAGGGAGAGGGACGCGGCUCAGGAGCGGGAAGCCAGACGCCGGAGCCGGGAGAUAGACGCUAUGCUGGCCCGGGAGAGGAGAGCCGUUCGUCGGCUGGUGAAGAUUCUGCUCCUCGGGGCCGGAGAGAGCGGAAAGUCCACAUUCCUGAAACAGAUGCGCAUCAUUAACGGCCAGGAGUUUGAUAAGAAAGCGCUCCUGGAUUUCCGGGAUACUAUAUAUGAGAAUAUACUAAAGGGCAUGCGAGUGCUGGUGGAUGCCCGAGACAAACUGGGCAUUAGCUGGCAGAGCUGUGAGAACGAGAAGCAGGGCAUGCUGGUGAUGUCAUGGGAGGGGCGUGUGGGCGCCUCGGGGGUCGAGCCCAGUGAGUUUCAGCUCUACGUGAUGGCGCUGAGCGCUCUCUGGGGGGACGCAGGCAUACAGGAGGCCUACUCACGACGCUCAGAGUUCCAGCUGAGCGAAUCAGUCAAAUACUUCCUGGAUAACUUGGAUCGUAUCGGACAGCCGAGCUACAUUCCAAGCAAACAAGAUAUUUUAUUUGCAAGAAAGGCCACUAAAGGGAUAGUGGAGCACGACUUUGUGAUCAAAAAGAUUCCUUUCAAAAUGGUGGACGUUGGCGGUCAGAGGUCGCAGCGGCAGAAGUGGUUUCAGUGUUUCGAUGGGAUCACAUCGAUUCUCUUCAUGGUGUCGUCAUCAGAGUACGACCAGCUUUUGAUGGAGGACCGCAGGACGAACCGCCUGGUGGAGAGCAUGAACAUCUUUGAGACCAUCGUCAACAACAAGCUCUUCCUGAAUGUCUCCAUCAUCCUGUUUCUCAACAAAACGGACCUGCUGGUGGAGAAGAUCCGCACCGUGGACAUCCGCAAGAACUUUCCCGAGUUCAGAGGAGACCCACGCAGAUUGGAGGAUGUGCAGGCCUUCCUGGUCCAGUCAUUCAGCAGGAAGAGGAGAAACCGAGGGAAGCCGCUCUUCCACCACUUCACCACUGCAGUGGACACAGAAAACAUCCGCUUUGUUUUUCACGCGGUCAAGGACACGAUUCUGCAGGAGAACCUCAAAGAUAUCAUGCUGCAGUGACUUUUAUGUUUAUGUCAGUCCAACUGUGAAAACCCGCCACCAUUCCAGCCCGGGAGGACUUGGCUCUGACACCACAGCCUACAAUGUGUUCAUAUUACCUGUGGAGCCAGGAGUUCCUACAUGCCUGUGGAUACCCUGCAUUUAACCUGUGUAGAUGUGCAAAUGAGCUGGGAAGGAGAGCUAAACUCUUGGGGGGGGCAACACCAGCUACACCUGCAUUAGCACUAAAAGGGUUGUUCCUCUUAUGUACAUAAGACUAUGACAACAUUGUCACUAAAGUGAGUUGAAUGGCUGCCUGCCAAAAGCAGGAUAAAGGAUGGAUAGAAGGACUGAGAGCAAGAUGGAAAAGUCCUCAUCUUCAAGUACGCGUGAUGAGAGGGGAAGAGGGGUGAGGGUCUGGCCCCAAACUGGUCAUAUGCUGCGUUACGUGAUAAGGUUGCACAAGUGUUCCUGUCAGUGAACUUUAACAGAGAGAAGAAGCGAAACCCUCUCAUGCUCACUAUCUCCCUGUAAUUUACUCCCAACGUCACACGAGAAAGAAACAGCUGCAGAGAAGAAGUCUUCUGCUAAUCUCCUCUCCCUCAUCUCUGGUCCUCCGCAGCACAAUAGACAGACUGUUUGUUUGUUUCCUCCUUCUCCAGCAGAAAACUGCAGACAGACAAAUUAGAGAUUCAUCUUAGCUGAAGGAAAUACAGAAGUCCUGACUUAUACUCCACUCAUGAUUCCUCUCGUCCUCUUUGAAUGCACCACAAAUGCCCCAAACUUCACAUAGGGCAUGUUUGAAGUCUUUAGUAGUGGUUGUGGUAGAAUUUUACCUGUUGUUUUGGGUAAACCCGAAGGGAACAGCAGUAAAUAAUGAGGCUGAACUGCAACUGACCCAUUUCCCAUGCUUCUGGGGGAGAUUUUAGGCUUGUUCUGCAGUUUAAACGCUGCAGCUAUAUUGAAGACAAUUUAGUGUUUACACAAGUUUUGGAAAUAUUUAUCCUUUUUUUUCUUCUUCUUCCUAACGGGGAAUGUUGUUUUAAGAGUCCUGAAAUAAAUUAGUACUUCAUUGCAGUAGCAUAAUCCUCAAUUUUAAAAGUAAACACAAUUCAGGCUUAAAUUAGGAUAUAUACCAGAAAUCUUGCAAACCAAACUGUUAGGCUCUGAACAUUAACAACCUUACGGCUUUUCUGUGGGGUGUUGUUUCUGGCUCUGGAAGGAGCCAUUUUUGUUUUGAUUUUCUUUUUUCCUAUUUCUUUGAUCAUUAUCUUCCAAAAAGGGAUUUAUAAUGACUCCGGUUAAAUUGGAGGCAGAAUGUAGGAGAUUUAUCUAUUCUGUUAUUUCAAAAUGUCCACCAUGCCAUGUAGGGUUCUCUAAGGAGCAGAAUCAGGCCCAUUAGUGGGAGUUUGUUUGUUUGUCUUUCACAUUUUCUAAUCUCUUAACCAGAGUGUCUAAAGGUGCGUUCACAGCGGAUGCCAGUCGUGCGAGUGAAUUCCAUGUUUUUCCUAUACAGAGGUGUAUUCAGAGGCGACCAAACAAUCAGCGAUAUGAAGGGCACAUAUUUGGUGAUCGGAGCGAAGCUGCACUGUGAGAACAUGUGACACUUAGUGAAAAGUGAAAUUUUGCAGAUGUGGAAAAAUCUGAACUCCUCUGUUAAUUUGCAUCGUGUUAAUCAAUCAGGGGCUGGAUGAUGUGAGGCUAAAUAGCACAGCGGAACCCCUUUUUUUUUUUUUGUUAAAACUCACCAGAACGGAUUGAUCCGUCCUUCUGCAGCAGUAGAGGAGCUCAUGAUACUUGGUCCUGGAUGGAGGGAGGUACUAUAGGAAGCAAUUAUCUGGCUGAGAGCAGGUCUGAUGCACCCAGAGACGCUGGUUUUAUUCAGCUUUCCAGGUUCAACAGAGCACUGCUGUGUGUUCAGUUCCCCUGAACUCUGUAAAGUUGAGGUCAGGUAGUUUGAACAUUGAAUUUCUUUUUGUUUAACAAAAAACAAAACAUCGAUCUAGUAGAUUAAAGUCACUGGAAGCUACUUGUCGUAGAGCCAAUCUUGCGUUCUUCCUGUAUCUGUUCCUCACUUUAUACAAUGAUGCUUGAGUACCGUGGAAACUAGCUGAGAUUGUUCACAUCUGAUUAUCAUCAGUGGAUAGUAGUGAUACACAAAUAAUAAUCCCCCAUAGGAACCAGGAGAGAGGAGCACAUCUAAAGGAAAACUCACUAACAUAUAAGCGCAGACUGACGAUUGGCACAGUUUAAAAAUAGUAAUAUCUGUUGCAGAAGUUCAAUCUAAAACUCUUUUAAAAUUUAGUUUAAGGAGAUUUUUGAUUUGCCCUUGUGUUGAAAUAAAAACAGUAGUAUUAAAAUAUAAGAAUUAAAUUGUAAUAAUACUUUGUACAAUACACGAAAUUUAAUUUCAAAUGGAGCAUAUUUCUUGAAGAUGCCAAAAAAUUAUCUCAUGAAAAUAUCCUAUGUGUACAUUCCAAUGUUGAGAGGAAUAAAGGAGCAAAGUGAGCAAUACCACAUGAUAAAAUAUAUCUGUCUUAUUGACGAGGGGGAAACCCUGGCCUUGUGCAUGGGUUAUUCAUGCAGUGAUUUAAAUUUUGAUUUAACUGUUUAGUUAUUUUCAGAAAUAUACAUUACAUUUAUAUCAAGUUGGCCUUUCCGUCCCCCUGCUGCAGCUCCCAGGGUCGAAGGACUGUUGACCCCUGGUCUAAAGAUUUCACAGGUCAGAGUCAUUUUGGACACAGGCAAUCUUGGAAUUUUAUGGAUAUGAAAUUUGAUUAUUUAGGCGAACCAUAUCAGACAUAUAAACUCUGAGUUUCAAUUUCAAGCAGAGAUAGCCAUAAGAGCUGCAGUAGUGUGUAAACGUACUUAAGUGUGAAAAAUAUUCUUUUUUUUGGAUGUUUGUCACACUUAAGUGUUUCUGAACACCACAAUAAUUAUAUUAGUCAAAAGACAAAAGCUGUUAAUGCAAAAUUCAGGUUUUAGCCAAAGGAUAUUUUAUACAGAAUCAAACCAGGUGAAACUAAAACUUUUCAACUUGAGGGAUUCUAGGUAGAGCACAUUUAUUGACACAUUUUGAAGAAAAAAAAAUCUUAAAUUCCAAAUAUUUGUGUCUCUUUGUUUUACAAAUUUGGUAUAAUCACGAUUAAUCCUAUUAAUUGUUUCAGCCCUAGACUGAAUAUUCAUUACGAAUAUCUGCAGCAGAAUUUCCCUAGUCAUAUUAAAGAUAUCUAAAAUUUGAAAUUGCCUAGUCAUUGAUGAAUUGUACUAAUCUAUGACUUCAGUUUUAAAUACAAAGUCAUUCCUAUAAAGUCAUUCCAACUAGUGGGGGAAAAAAAAGUUCUACUGGUAUAUAAAUUCUAUAUAUGAUUAUAAUUACAGAUAGUUUAGCUUUCCGUUUAAAAAGUGAAACCGUUUUGACGAAACCACAGAAUCUUUAUGAUGAGAGCUGAACUACAGAGAAUAUUUUGCAGCAUUCGGUGUGAACGUACCUUAAGAGUUCUGCAUCUCUGAUUUAUUUCUAAACCAGAGAAACAUUAACUUAAUUAUGUAACACUUUGUGAUCUGAUAGCUGCCAUGAUCAGCUAGGAUGGUUUAGUUCAGAUUCCUGAUGUAUCCGUCUUAAAGAAAAUUUAGAAAAUUAAUUCAUACUAACUUGUUUUGUCUUCAAGGGCUUAUUAGAUAAGUAUAUCUGUGUGUCAUCAGCACAACUAUUCAAAAUGAUCCCUUUAUCUCCUCUAAUUCUGCCAGGUGGAGGCAAAUCUUUAUAGGAAAGAGAACUGACCCGAGCACUAAGCUCUGUGGUACUCCAUAACUAAUUGGGUGUUCGAGAAAGAUUUAUGCUACUGCAACAUAAUUUAUUUAUUUUCAUGCAUCUAACAUGUUUACCAGAGUUGCCAAUAAAAGGGGAGGGUGUAGCUUGUAUUUUUUUUCAGAAAAUUUCCUAUUUAAAUCUGAAAUUGAAAUAAAUAUCUCAAGAAAAUAAAACCGAAAUUUUUAAUGCAGAGAUUGAACUAGUGAGGUCACGCUCAGAAAACUGAAC